UGGUAGAGAGCACCGUCAGAGGUGUGCGAGAAACGGAGUCUGAUGUGAAGAGGAGGGAUCCGUGCGGGAUGGAUGGAUCGUCCGGGUAGCGUGAAGUGUAGUCAGACAGGCCGGGUCGGUAUUGUGCGGGCAGCGAUGUACCCAGAGGAGUAAGAAGAGAAUGGUCGGAGUCACAAGCCAGGUUCAGCAACUAGCGGGCAGCGCGGUACCAAGGAUCAGGCAGAAGGAUGGUCAGGCAAGCCAGGGGUUAAUCAGGAGAAGUCAGCAGGGUCAGGUACAAAGCAGAGGUCGGCAAUGGAACAAUCACAGGAACAAGAAUCAGGACACAGAGCAGGUAAGACCAAACGGCAAU